CCCUGUGCCAGCAAAGUGAGUGAGAUACAGUUCUGCGCAGCAUCUUGCAUGCCUGUCAGUAAUCCGGAACGCUUUCUACGGUCAACCUCAAUCAUGAGCGGUUCAUCAGUGUCGGCGGCGAACGUUUCCACCAGCGAGCAGCAAGGGCACUGAGGAACUGGGCCGUGUGGUUUCGAGUGACUAGUGGCAAAGCGAAGGGGACGGUGUGGGAGAACAAAUCCGAACGCCGAAAAGUCUUUUGCACAUUACGCACAGUACAUUGAGCCGCGGCGAUGGAAUCACCGAAGGAUAAGCACCGAAGUAAAGCAAUAGAAAUCAAUGUUCCGCCGGAUGUCAUCGCCGGCAAUGGAAGUUCACCAGAUGCGCCGGCCGAUUUCGAAACGGCCAUUGCCGCCACCGGGUACGGCCGUUUCAACUACCUUCUGCUGCUGGUCGCGAUGCCCUGCUGCAUGACGACCGUGUUCGAGACGACCACCAUGUCGUACGUGCUGCCGAGCGCCGAAUGUGACCUGAACCUUACCCUCGCCGACAAGGGCAUGCUGAAUGCCAUCACCUACACCGGAAUGAUAACGUCCGCCUUCCUGUGGGGCUUCCUGUCCGAUACGUACGGGCGGAAGCGGCUGCUCGUCGUUGGCUUUCUGCUGGACAGUACCUUCAACGUGCUGUGCGCACUCAGCCAAAACAUGGUGGCCAUAAUGGUUUUCAAAUUUAUGGGUGGCUUUGUCAUCUGUGGCCCAUUUGCCGUGCUGAUGGCGUAUCUGUCCGAGUUUCACAGUCUGCAGCAUCGAUCCCGCGUGAUGAUAGUGCUUGGCGUGUUUUACAGCGCUGCCAACAUGCUGCUGCCCGCCCUCGCCUGGCUCAUCAUACCCCAGUCCUGGAAUCUCAUCAUCGGGGACGGUGUGCUGGAAAUACAUUCGUGGCAGAUUUUCCUUGCCGUCAGCUGCCUGCCGGGCGUGCUGAGCGGUAUCAGCGUAAUGUUUCUCCCAGAGAGUCCCAAGUUCCUCAUGUCCAAGGGCCAGAACGAACGAGCGUUGGCCAUUUUCCGGCGCUUGUACGCCAUCAACACCCGGGACCGGCAGGAGUUUCCGAUCAGAGUGCUGGUGGAUGAGCUGAGCCCGGUGUCGGGGCCAAUUGUACCAGCGUCCGGUAAACAGGCGUCCGGCAAACCCACCACCCAACCCCCACCAGCCGCAGCAGCAGCAGCAGCACCCAGUGGGCUGGGCGAAGGGUUCCGCCAGCUAGGGAUAAUGUUCCGGAAGCCACAUCUAACAAAUGCCUGCCUGGUGUACGGUAUCCAGUUCGGCAUACUGCUCGGGUUAAACACAUUUCGCCUCUGGGUGCCGCAGCUUUUCACCAUCAUCGAGGAGUUUGAGCACGAGCAGCAUCUACUUCCCGACGGGCUGGCCAGCCAGGCAACGCUCUGCGAAAUGUUAGCCUACAAGGUCAACAAAACGGAGCAGCUGCAGCAGCAAUGGCUGGAACGUGACGUGUCCCGAGCGCUUCAUGGCCCAGAUCCGGUCGCAAUGGAGCCGUUGGAUGACGUCCUGAUGUGCACCCCGACAACCGAAGGCCGGGUCUAUCUGUACUCAUUAAUCAUUGGAUGCGUCGGCAUUGGAGCGUACGCGGUUACGACCGUCAUGAUUAAUUCCAUCGGCAACCGGAACAUUCUCACGUACGGAUUGCUGCUAGCUGGAUCCUGCGGUACCACCCUGUACUGGGCCCGAAGCUCACUCGUAACGCUGAUUCUAUCGUCGUGCUACAUCACCAUCUGCAGCAUAGCCUCGACGGCCCUGGUCGGUGCCGUCGUCGCGAUGUUUCCCACCUCCAUGAGGACAAUGGUGGUCUCGCUAACGAUGAUGUUUGGCCGCACCGGGUCCAUCAUUGGCAAUGUUGUUUUUCCCUAUCUGAUGGCGCUCGGGUGUUUACCACCGUUUGUCAUGAUCGGUGCCAUUGUGAUAGCUGUUGCCGCGGUGUCUCGCCUGCUGCCACGAACGGUUAAAAAACCGUUACAAUAAUUUAGCAGCAACAACGGGAAAACCCCCUUCUGCUGCGCUCGCUGGACAGGAUGGCAUAUAAUUGCUCAAUCAAUAUUAAAACCAACGGCACAAGGUUGGCCAGCCAGCCCACCAAACACAGACCGGCCGAGGCUAAUUGACCGCAUUAAUGGUUCCGUUAAAAACAAAACAUGCCUCAGGCAGCGGAAGUAUCAUCAACCGGUGGACGGCGCAAAACAGUGGAUGGAAUAAUGGACGCAUAGAAUUGAGACUAAAUAAAGAUUGAAAGAUUUAAACUAAAAAUAA